AACAAAGGAGCAGGAGGAAGAUUAGUCAUGCAUACACUCUCACUGCACCCUGACUCUGAAACGAUCAGCAAACUGUUACUGUGAGACUAAAUAGAAUACAUCCGAAGAGCAAGCGCUUUCUAGCUGCAGCUGGGAGCCUCGUGUGAAGAUUCGAGUGGAAACCCAGCAGAGGAACAAUUUGACCGGAGACACUUGCACACCUUCUGAGAAUUGCUGAUGAGGAUCUUGUUAAGGGUCAGUUCUGGGUGUUUGGUGCAUUGAUCCAACCUGAGUAAAGGAAAAGGCCAUGGCGGUCUAUCCUGGCAUGGCCUUACUGGGCCUUCUACUGCUACAGAUCACAGCUCCCAUCUGCCAUGGUCAAGGUUGCCCACAAGUCUGUGACUGUGUUACCCGGAGCAAGUCUGUCAGUUGUCAGAACAAGCACCUGAAUUCUUUUCCAAAUGGAAUUCCAACGGACACAAAGUUGCUGGACCUGAGUAGAAAUAAGUUGCGUUGGGUGGAGCAUCGUGAUUUGGAAGCCUACACACAUUUGGAGGACUUGGACCUUAGUGAGAAUCUAAUCAGUGUGCUUGAGCCCAAUGCGUUUUCCAGCUUACUGAAGCUACGUGUGUUACGCCUGCGUGCCAACCAGUUAAAACUGGUGCCAAUGGGUGCCUUCUCACAUCUUGCCAAUCUCACAGUCUUGGACUUGAGUGAAAAUAAAUUGGUUGUAUUGGUGGAUUUUACUUUCCAGGAUCUGCGGAGGCUCCAAAAAUUGGAUGUGGGUGACAAUGAUUUGGUGUAUAUAUCAAACAAGGCAUUCCUGGGCUUGACUGGACUACGGGAACUUACUAUUGAGAGGUGCAACCUGACCUCUAUAUCAGGGCAGGCUCUUUCCUAUCUUCGUGGCUUGGUAUCAUUACGGCUACGCUACCUCAAUAUUGUCUCAUUAGAGGAACAGAACUUUCAUAAGCUGGGUGGACUGCGGGGUCUAGAGAUUGACCACUGGCCAUUUUUGGAGUACAUUUCCCCAUACAGUUUCCAGGGCCUCAAUUUAUCCUGGCUUUUCAUUACCAACACCAACAUUACUACUGUCCCUACUGGUGCCCUACGUAACCUUGUCCAUUUAUGCAGUCUGAAUCUCUCACACAACCCUAUUUCUGUUCUUGAAUCUUGGGCUUUGCGUGAUCUGGUCAAUUUGAAGGACUUACACCUUGUGGGUACCAACUUGAAAUGCGUGCAGCCUUAUGGCUUUGGAGGCCUGCAACACAUUCGUAUACUCAACCUCUCCAACAACAAAUUAGUAACACUAGAAGAAAGCUCUUUUCACUCCUUAAACACUCUGGAAAUGCUUCGGGUUGAUGGUAACCCUCUUUCCUGUGACUGUCGUCUGCUAUGGAUCUUGCAGCGCCGCAAGACCCUUAACUUUGAUGGCAGGUUUCCAGUUUGUGCAGGACCCAUUGAGGUGCAAGGUAAAGCUCUCAGCGCAUUUUCGGACUCAGCAUUCCUUGACCACUUCACGUGCCAGCGGCCAAAAAUCCGCAACCGAAAAUUACAACAGCUAACCGCACGUGAGGGUCAGGUUGUAUCCUUUUUUUGUCAAGCAGAUGGAGAACCGACUCCCAUUAUCUUCUGGAUUUCACCUCAGCGCCGCCGCAUCACUACUAGAAGCACUGGUCGUCUUACAGUGUUGCCAGAGGGCACAUUAGAAAUCCAAUAUGUUCAAGUAACAGAUAGUGGAACCUACAUAUGUAUUGCCAGCAAUGCAGGUGGCAAUGACACCUACUUUGCCACAUUAACAGUCAGUGGGCUACCCUUGGAUGCUGGAGUGUCAGCAAAUCGUUCCUACGUUGGUGACCUCAAUGACACUAAUCUGAAUGACACACGUGUCUUCCUAAAGUUCACAUUAGACCUCAAAACCAUUUUGAUCUCCACAGCAAUGGGUUGUAUAACCUUUUUGGGUGUAGUCAUCUUUUGCUUCUUGCUUUUGUUUGUCUGGAGUCGGGGACGUGGACAGCAUAAAAACAACUUUUCAGUGGAGUACUCCUUCAGAAAGGUGGAUGGCCCUGCAACCAGUGGGGGGCAAGGAGGAGCUCGAAAAUUCAAUAUGAAAAUGAUAUAAAUCUGAUGUCUCUGUGUCUUAAAUAUACAGUAUGACUGUACGGUACUGCA